GCUGGCGGGCGGCGGUGACCGCCUGCGGGCGCGGGAGGCCUCGCGCAGAGGCUGGGAGGCCCCGGGCUUGCAGGCGGGUUUCCGGGGGGGCGCCUUCCUAGAGCGAAGUGUGACCGUUUGCUAACUCGUUUCCAGCUCCUGGUCGUCUUUGCUUUCAUUGGCUUCGCCAGUGUUUCGACAGGCCUGUUUGGUUGACGGGAUGGUUUCCCGUUCUUUAACUCACGUAGUUUUCACAGCAGUCUCUCGGGACUAGGUAUUGGCCUUCCUGUUUUACAUACAUAGAAUGGAGCCCGGAGAGGUUAAGUAACUUGCCAACGUCACACAGCUCCUGAGUGCGGAGCCAGGGCACUGUGUUAACCCUAGCCCUGAUUCCUGGCCCAUGUUUUUUUUUUAAUAACAAGGAUUGUUUUACAUUCUUGUCAACUUUGGCUUUUAUAUACUUAUCUUGUUUCUGCAGCAGCAGCAAGAUGGUAGUCAGCCUGUGAGCCACAUUUUGGCCAGUGGUCACUUGGACAGAACCUGAGGCUGAAGUGAGGUUUGACUUGGGACAUAGCACACCUUCCCUCUCCCUGGACCACUCAGUAUUUUUUCUUAGGAGAAGAAUGUUGUGUCAGAAUGACAACAGCUGGUUCCUUUUUUUGCGCUAGGCUGGUGGCAAGGCCGUGACAGGGCCAGCCUGGCUUUGGUUCUCUUAGCAGCCUCCCAGCAUGGACUCUUGGUGUCUGUCUCAACCCUGCCAAGACCUUGCUGGGCCCUAGCUUUUAGACUUCCGUUGCAGUUUACAGUUUCGAGGUCUUGUAUCCUCUGUGGCAGACGAUGAAUGAAAGUUGAGAGUUGGCCCCGUAUGAGACAUUGGACCGGGCAGGCUUGCUCAGGGCCUGGUGAUGGGCAGUCAGGUUCUGGUCCUGGCAUAGCUGCCGGUGACCAUACCGGAAGGUCUUUUGGUUCCUUAGUGAUGGUUGGGAUUGCAGGUGCUUUGAGUCCCUGAAUUUGAAAAGAGAGGGAAAUACUCUUUCUGGUUUAAAUUUUUCCCCAGGUUCCCUUAAAUCUGAAGGCUCGGCAGGAGCACCACAGUGCUGCGGGCGCUGCCGAAGGUGGCCAGCAGCCGGGGGGCUGUGGGCUUUCCCACAGAAAGGGCUUCCUGGCCAUUGGUCUGGGACAUAUGAGCAGAGGUGGGGAUGGUGGAUCUGAGCAGGCGUGUCUGAGCUGGGGCUGCUGGUGGGGCCAGUAGGUGCUAAGCCAGGGUCCCACUCGCACAGUGUUCUGAGUGCAGGGUUCCUUACAGAGGAAGGGGGGGGCCGGGGCUUGCUAACGGUGGUCUCUUCCUUCGUGGUCGCACAGCGCUUGCCCUGGAAAGCACCUUCAGAGGCUAGCCGGCUCUUUUCCCUGGGCGCUGGCAGAAGUUACUGUGUACGAUGAUGCAGGAAGGGAGGGCUGUCGGGAGGCCUGGAGGUUCUCCUCGCAGCUGUGAAGCACAGGGCUCUCGGGACUGAUCCCCACAGGUGCAGGGACACGGGGAGUCAGUCAUCCUGAUUCCGGAGUUGGUGUCUCAGGCAAGCCAGACCCCAUCGUGGCCGCACUGACCUCCUACAGCUCUCUGAGCCAGGCCCUGCCACUGCCCCUGGCAGGCAGGCCUAGGUCUCAGUCACCAAGGGAGAGGCCAGGGGUUAUUUGUUUGUGCUCUUGACCUUUUGCGUGUGAACUGUCCCUGGCUGUGCUCUGUCGUCUCUUUGGGGGGUUACAUUUUCUGAUUUUUUUCCUCGGUAGGUUCCUGGGUGUGAGUAUUUACCUCCUUCAUAGGCUGUGCUUCUCCAGGGCAGGACCCGUGCUGCACACAGUAGGGGCAGUAGCUGAGCUCCAAUGUCCAGCAAUGGAUGACGACAGCCUGGACGAGCUUGUGGACCGAAGCCCGGGGCCCGAUGGCCACCCGAGACUCCGUCCUGCCGCCCUGACCAGCGAUGCUGAAGACAGCAGUGAUGCCCACAGUGGGGGCUCUGAGGACGACACGUGCACUGAGCACAGUGAUGGCGACGAUGAGGAGGGGCACCUGGAAGACGGAUCUGGUUCCGAGGAUUCCGAAGAAGACGGCGACGAUGUGGACACGUUAGCAGCAGCAGCGGCUACUCGGGGGGCGCUGGAAGCCAGCGGUGCAUUUAACUCUGAUGAUGAUUCGGAGAGCUGCCCGAUCUGUCUUAAUGCUUUCAGGGACCAGGCUGUGGGGACACCCGAGAACUGUGCCCACUACUUCUGCCUCGAUUGCAUCGUGGAGUGGUCCAAGAAUGCCAAUUCCUGUCCAGUUGAUCGAACUAUAUUUAAAUGUAUUUGUAUUCGAGCUCAAUUUGGCGGUAAAAUCUUGAAGAAGAUCCCAGUGGAGAGCGCCAGGCUUGGGGAGGAUGAGGAUGAAGACCCGACCUUCUGUGGGGUGUGCGGCAGGAGCGACCGGGAGGACCGUCUGCUGCUCUGCGACGGCUGCGACGCUGGGUACCACAUGGAGUGUUUGGACCCCCCUCUCCAGGAGGUGCCAGUGGACGAGUGGUUCUGUCCGGAAUGUGCUGCCCCCGGGGCCGCCCCUGCUGCGGACGCAGGUCCCGUGAGCGAGGAGGAGGUUUCCCUGCUCUUGGCCGACGUAGUGCCCACCACCAGCCGGCUUCAGCCACACGCAGGGAGGACCCGGGCCAUCGCCAGGACACGGCAGAGCGAGAGGGUCCGAGCGACGGUGAACCGGAACCGGAUCUCCACAGCCAGGAGGAUCCAGCACGUCCCGAGGUACCUCAUGUCUCCUCUGCUGGACGAGACCAUCGAAGCUGUGGCCGCUGGUCUGAGCACAGCUGUGUACCAGCACCCCGGGCCGCGAGCCCCUGCCCGUCGGAGGAGGAAAGCAGGAAGACGGAGGAAAGUGUCGGGAAGAAAGAAAACCCAGUCCAGAUCAUCUGUGAAGAGCAGGAGCUCGGGGACGAGGUCCAGGAAACGCCAGGGCCGCGUGAAGAAGAGUAAAGGGAAGAAGAUAAAGAAUGAAGCCACAGCUCGUUCCCGCAUCGCACGGACGCUGGGCCUCCGCAGGCCAGCCCAUGGAGCCUGCAUCCCCUCGGUGUACAAGCCUGCAGACCCCUCUCUGGGGCUGAUGCGUGCAGACAUCGGGGCAGCCUCUCUCUCCCUGUUUGGAGACCCUUAUGAGCUGGACCCCUUCGACAGUGAAGAGGCAUCUCCGAGCCCUGCUUCCCCUCUGAGCGUCAAGAGGAGGAUCCUGUCCCGGUCAGCCCUGCGGUCGCACCAGCCUGUGGCCAGGCCCGUCUCCAUGGGGCUCUGCAGGAGGAGCGCUCCCGCCAUGGCGCCCCAGCCGGAAGUGGAUGCGGACCCCGGCCCUGACCUGCUGGGAAGCAUCCUGUCGGGCCAGAGCUUCCUGAUGAUGAACGGCGCCGACAUCGUCAUCCACCGCGAUGGCUCCCUCAGCGCCAAGAGGGCAGCGCCAGUUUCUUUUCAGCGAAACUCAGUUGGUCCAUCCAGAGGGGCAGAAGGCGCCGGGUCUGGGGCCUGCCUGCAGCCCAGAGAGACUCAGUCAGGAAGCGGGCCAGAGAGCUUGGGGUCCAGCUGUCCAGGCAGGGCUACCCCAGGCACACCCCCGGCCCCGCCCACCCCCGCCCAUGUCCCUGAGCUCACGUUGGGGGCAGCUGUGAGACUGGACUCCUUGGUGACCCUUCAGUCAGGCCAGGCUCAGACCUUGUCCAGCGUGAGCGGACCCAGCUUAAAACAAAGUGACGGCCCCCAAUUUAACGGCGACAGCAAGCACCCUCCGCCUCUUAGGUCUGCGGCAUUGAAGACCUCGAAUGGUAGCUCUAACUCGCCUUCCGAGAGCACGGUGCUGGGACAGGCCCCGAGACCAGCUCCCAGGAGGACGGACAUCUCCGAGCUCCCCAGGAUACCAAAGAUCAGGAGAGACGACAGGCGGGUGGGCGAGGUCCCUGCCGGCGGGCAGAGAGUCGAGAUUCCCAGCUCCUGCAUCAGCCGGCUGACGGGCAGGGAGGGCCCCGGGCAGCCUGGCUGUGGCGCCAGGGCGGAGGGUGAGCCCAGCAGCAGGGGCGCUCAGGAGCCCAGCACGCGCUCGGGGGGCGGCCCCCAGCCCCCUGCCCCGCUGGGCCCCUCCCGGGGGAAGGGUGUCGGCUCCACCUUCGAGAGCUUCAGGAUCAACAUUCCUGGGAACACAGCCCAUUCCGGCAGAGUCCUCAGCCCCGGCUUCUGCAACACGUUCCGGCCUGUGGACAGCAAGGUGCAGAGAAGAGAGAGCCCUGUGCCCCUCUUCUCCGUCAGGAAGACGAAGCAGCUCAAGAGCGAGAUCUAUGACCCCUUCAACCCCACGGGCUCUGACUCCAGCUCGGCCAGCAGCAGCCCCGAGCACCCGGGCUCUGGCCUCCUGCCCUCUGAGAUCACGCGCACCAUCUCCAUUGACAGCCCCAAGGCCCCCGUGCUGCCGCCCGUGCGCUGCGUCACCUCCUACACAGUGCAGACCGGCAUGGGGAAGGAGCCCGAGCCCCCCCAGGGGCCCUGCGGCCUGCCCGAGCUCCAGGGCGAGGAGGGGCCCGUGGCACAAGCACAGAGGCCGUCCCCGCCAGAGCCCUGGGGGGACGAGGACCCACCACCCCGCAUCUCCUUCUUUGGCUCAGAGGGGCGGACGGUGACUUGUGUGACUGCGGCGGAGCCGGACGCCCCACCCAGUCCGGACGCCCUGCCCGCGACCACCCACAGGGUCGUGGAGCUGCGGUCCCCCACCCGUUCCCGCUCCAGGUCCAGCUCCCGCGGUGGGAAGAAAGCCCAGAGGCCGAGGGUCGCCACCAGGGAGCACCGGAGGGCCCGCUCAGGGUCCCGCUCGUCGCACUCGGGGGACAGGAGCUCGCGGUCUGCGUCGCCACCGGCAGGUGAGGACCAGGCCAAGAGGCACCGGCCCAAGGCCCGGGAUCGGAGGUCUUCCAGCGACCGCUCCAGCAGCCGCGAGCGCACCAAGCGGAGGAAGGCCAAGGACAAGAGCAGGGAGAGAAGGAGGGGCUCCUGGGGCCGAGGCCGGCGGAGGUCCCGCUCCCGCUCCGGCAGCCCCGGCAGCUCCUCCCACGAGCAUCGCGAGGGCAGGAGGAAGAAGAGGCGGAGGUCGGGGUCCCGGUCUCGGGGGAGGGAGUGCUCACCCCACAGCAGCCUGGAGAGAGCCCGGAGGCCCAGGCACCCCCGGGAGAGGAGGGAGCGGCCCGACAGGGAGAGUGCCGCGCGGCUCCGAGACAGGCGAGGCUCCUGGGAGAGGAGGCGGCGUAGGUCCAGGUCACCCAGCCCCGAGCACAGGCCCCGGGAGCACCGGCGGCCUCGGUCCCGUGAGAAGCGCCCACGGCCCCGCCCCCGCUCCCCGGAGAGGAAGUUGGCUCCGAAAGAGGCUUCUCCGGCACCCCUUCCCCAGGGGGAGCCCAGGCCGGACAGGGAGCCCCCGGCCAGGCCCCUGGCCUUGGCAGGAACAGACGCCUUGCUGGAGGGGUCCGAGGCCGACAAGCCCCCCACAAAGGUCCCCCCAGUCCUGGAGGUGCCAGCCGAGUACCCCCCUGAGGAUCUGGAUUACGGUGACUCCGUGGAGGCGGGGCACCUCUUCGAGGACUUUUCGAACGAAGCCAUCUUCAUGCAGCUUGAUGACAUGAGCUCCCCGCCCUCCCCGGAGAGCACGGACUCCUCCCCAGAGCGAAGCCUCUUGCCCAAGCCCACUGGGCCCCCGGCUGGCCAGCAGCAUGACGCUGGCCUGGCCGUGGCCAUCAUCCGCAGGGAGGUGUCUCGGAUCCACGGUGAAGAUGUGGCGCAGCCUCUGCCCAGGAUGGAGGGCCCUCGAGAGGAGCACUUGCUCCAGCAGGACGCGGCCGAGGCAGCCACAGCUCCCUGCGCUCUGGGAGGCCAAGCCAUGGGCGGGGCGCCUGCGGGGAAGGAGGAGGGUCCCUCUCAGAACCCCCUGCUGCGGGCUAAGGCGCUGGUGAAGAGAGUCACCUGGGACCUCCAGGAGGUGGAGAGCGGUGCCCCGGCUGAGGACAGAGGCCUGCGGACGCCGCUUCGCAGGCCGCAGAGGCCCCGGGAAACCGAGGACGCGGGCCCCGUGGCUGCGCUCCAGCAGGCUCCCUUCUCUGAGCCCCCUCCCCCUGGUUAUGUGCUUCCAGAGCCUGGCUUUCCUGAUGCUGACCCUUCUCAGGUACAGAGCCUGAACCUGCCCCCCACCCCGGCUCUGCCUUCGAGUGUCCCACCAUACGCACCUGUCAGCCAGCCCGCGGUCCAGUUCCUCUUGCAGGGGAGCCUGCCCCUGAUGGGCUGCGGGGUGGCCCAGAGCCCGGCCCCGGUGCCCACCGUCCUGACUGCAGCCUCAGAGCCGGCUGGUCAUGCUGCCACUGUGACCACCGCCGCUGCCAACAGCUCCGAGGAGAGAACAGCUGCUCCCAGGCCAGCCUCGGAGAAGACCAAGAACGAGGAGUACAUGAAGAAGCUGCACGUGCAGGAGCGGGCUGUGGAGGAGGUGAAGCUGGCCAUCAAGCCCUUCUACCAGAAGAGGGAGGUGACAAAGGACGAGUACAAGGACAUUCUGCGCAAGGCCGUGCAGAAGAUCUGCCACAGCAAGAGUGGGGAGAUCAACCCCGUGAAGGUGGGCAACCUGGUGAAGGCCUACGUGGACAAGUACAGGCAUAUGCGCAGACACCGGCGGGCCGAGGCCGGUGAGGAGCCGCCUGCCCAGGGUGCCGAGGGCUGAGGCUUGCCCGGGGCCCUUCUGGCUGGAGUAGCCGAAGCAGAAAACUCCGGGCCACUCGCCCUCCCGUUUCCAGGGUUCCUGUGAUCGCACGUGGUCUGUGCACCUGUCUUGCUCACAGUUUAAAACUGGACUUUUAUAUGUAUAUUAUAGACACACACUGUUCCCAUUGUGUUCUAAUUUAUCAAAAACGGAUUAUCUUUAGAAA